AUGUCGUUCAACAACAGCUACGCGGCUGCGGCAAGCUUGGAGGGAUGGGAGCGGAACCCAGACGCUACCAUUUACGUCGGCAACCUCGAUACCAAGGUGGACGAGGAGCUGCUAUGGGAGCUCUUCAUCCAGUGUGGGCCGAUCCAGAACGUGUCCCUCCCCAGGGACAGAAUUAUUGGAUCCCAUCAGGGAUAUGGGUUCGUCGAAUUCAAGAAUCCCGAUGAUGCCGACUAUGCUGUUAAGAUUAUGAACUUGACUAAGCUCUUCAGCAAGCCCAUUCGGUGUAACAAGUCGUCCUCUGACAGAAUCGUCCGAGAUGAGGUUGGAGCCAAUCUAUUCAUUGGAAACCUCGGUCCGGAUGUGGAUGAGAAGCAGCUUUAUGAUACAUUCUCGGCCUUUGGUAGUAUCGUAGUCUUCUGCAAAAUCAUGAGGAGUGAGACUGGUGAAUCCAAGGGGUUCGGUUUUGUCAGCUAUGACGGCUUUGAGGCAUCCGAUGCUGCUAUGGCCGGCAUGAACGGCCAAUACUUGUGCAAUCGACAAAUCUCAGUGUCGUAUUCUUACAAGAAGGACAGUAAAGGAGAGCGCCAUGGUACAGCUGCAGAACGAAUGAUUGCGGCCAAUAGGGAGAGUUCCCAACCACAUCACGUGGAGAAUGAGUACUAUGCCAGUGUAGGGGCAUCGGCGAUGCCGCAGGCAGCCCCAGCGCCUUUAGCAGGGAUGGCCUUCCCUCCUGGAAUGCCUCCGCCUCCCGGGAUGCCCCCACCACCGGGCAUGCCUCUUCCACCAGGAAUGCCUCCACCGCCGGGGAUGCCACUCCCACCGGGAAUGCCACCACCACCGGGCAUGCCGCUUCCGCCAGGGAUGCCCCCACCGCAUGGAAUGGCUUCCCUUUGCCUUGAUGUCAACCCGUACCCCAGCAAUCAGCGAAGAUUUUCCACACUUCCUGGCUUGGUAAACGGAUAUGCAGAAUCUGAGAGCUACAAUGCUAAGUUGGUGAUGAGCCGAAUAGAGGAUAUUCGGUGGUGUCAACAGAUCAAGAAGUUGCCAAUGGAGCGUCGCCCUGAAGCAUAUAAAAAAUGGUGGGUAGCGAAGGAAUAUCGAAUAAACGAUGUGUGGGAAUAUCGUGAUCCUCCACCGACUCAAGGCCUGAUCAGUGAUGUUAACUAA